AUGGAUGCUCAACCUCAUUCACACUGGGAGAUUGACAUUACGACGGCGAGCAGCGUUCUGUUUGACGUUGUCUGCUUCGCCGUCUGUCUCUACACUCUAGCGACUCAAAUCCUCCAGCUCUCGACUGCACAAUCUUCCGCAAAGUCACCCACCUCAAGUGGCGUAGCUUCAGGGGUAGCCACACGCGAGUACUCGGUGUGGAAGAAUAAACGACGCCUCCCCAUGCUCACCGCAACGCUUGCGACGCUCCUUUGGCACGCUGGUCGUCUGAGCUUGGUCAUCAUACUCUCGCUCGAGGCUAUUCGUACUCGACAACCUCCGGCCGGGGCCACAGAAGAAGACGAAUACGCAUACGAGGAGAGAUCCAAUAACCCUUUCCUACGUCCUCCUGCUGUCUAUAUAGUUCUCGCUCUCCCUGCCUUUACGCUCGUCUCGCGUACAUCCAUCAUCGCCCUCUUCGCGUUUCAAAAGUCUCAUAAAUGGCACCAAGAGACGACGGCACACAAGAAAGGCUCAACCCAACGUAGGAGAAGCACAUCUCACGGGACCGAGGCUGCAGAGACGGCAGUGGCAGGCAAGACAUCUCGGAUCUUCGACCGGGUCAUGCAAUACAUCGUUGACUUGCGACUUCGACUAUAUGGUCCUACUCAGAAUCUCUAUCUCGUCGCCUUCUAUCUCUGUACCGGUCUCGCCAUUAUGUUUGUACCGUUCACCUACAACCUGAUCUGGUACCUCGACACGCCUCGGUUGGAGUUUAUGUCGACGCUUUACUUGGCCGGCAUUGUGAGCGACGCGUCGUUGUUCAGUUCCUCUGAAAAGCGCCGCAGAGGCAUAACCCAUCUCAGGAACCUCGUCAAUAUCAGGUGGUUUGCAUUGGGGUUAAUGUUCUUCCGUCUGGGUCAUGAUGUGGUCUGGAGGUUUUUACUAGACGGCACCGCCGUACAGCUACUUUGGAAGCUCCAUGCUUGA